AUGCAAUUGAUUUCCGCAUGUCUCAAGGCUCUUAGAAAUAUCGUGUCCACGGAUGAGCAUUCACUAAGAGUUCCGAUUAAAACAGACGAUUUGGGAGAUAAGGAUACAGAGCACCGUAGGUAUAAAGUCGAAUUGGAAAUCAUUAAACAUCACCAUGGUGAAAAUUCUGAAAUCGGGGCAAAGGUGACAAGUUGGUUAAAACAAUCCAAGGCAAGUGUACUCGUUUAUUUGAUUGGUUCGAUGUGUGCGAUACCAACUACCAUGCUGGUUGCGACUGCACUUUCUAAUAUUGUAUGUAAUCUGACGAAGGACGAUCUGAGGUGUAUUGAACAGACCCAACAUGUUCUAGACGCGACAAGAGAAACCCGAUCUCAAAGUUUCUUACUACAACAAACGAUCACCAAAAGGCGCUUGUUGGAUGAGUCUCGUGAGCGAAACUAUAAGGAGUCAGGAAAAAAAUCAACGUCAACUAGACACGGAAGAAAUAUCCCAUAUUAUUGCGAAUCUGAUGUAGAAGAAUGCUUAGAUUCAGAUUUAGAGAAUUUAGAAGAAUCUAAGAAUAAAAAUGCAAGAUCACUUGUCCGUGAGCACGUUAUGCCCAACAGUUCGUUCAGUUACACACCUAAUAAACCCGUUGAAGAAUAUUCUGCACGCAUAAUUUGUGAUUUUAAUAUGACGAUACAACUUUAUUUGAUGCCAAAAGUUUUGGAUCGAGAUAUGCUUGAACGAUCCUACAUCAUUGAAUGUCUGUCACCAAUUCUCCACGCAUUUCGCAAUGCAUUUCCUGAUGUGGGCAGAAAAAGACGUGAGAUAAAUCAAAGAGGCAAACAACACGUUUAUGAGUUAUCAGACGCAAGAGAACUGUUGAAUGUUGAAGUAUCUGGACCUUGUAGAUUUACAAAAAAGCAUACGGUUGGCGAUAUAAAAAAACUAUUAGUGAUGGCUAUCUGCAGUCUGUGUCGACUCCUUGGCAACAAUCUUGAUUUCAACAUAAAAGAUGCCAAAGAUGUUAAACUUAUAAUAUCCAGGUUAUAG